AUGAAGGUGCAAUUCGCCCUUGUUUCAAUGCUAUUCUCGAUACCUCCGGCCUUUUCUCACACCGCCUUCACGAACUUCUUCGUCAAUGGAGUGUCUCAGGGUGACGGUGUUGCCAUGCGCAUGAAUCCAAAUCCGGGAAGUGUAGGAAGCCCAAUCGGCAGUCUUAACAGCAAUGACAUGGCUUGCAAUGUCGGCGGAACAAAGGGCGUCUCUCGCGUACAACCUGUCCCAGACGGUGCUCUUGUCACUUUCGAGAUUCGCUCAUCGGCAAACGACCCAUCCAAGCAUCGCCUGUCUCGCAGUCACCACGGUCCUUGCGCGGUAUACUUGAAAAAAGUCGACUCUGCUAUUAGAGAUAAAGCUAUUGGAGAUGGCUGGUUCAAGAUCUUCGACUACGGCUACAAUGCAUCUACUAAGAGCUGGUGCACCGACGAGAUCAUCAACAACAACGGUCUUUUCUCUGUUCGACUUCCUAAGAGCCUGCAAGGCGGGUAUUAUCUCGCUCGUCCUGAGAUCCUGGCUCUUCACUCUGCUACUGCUGGCGAUCCACAAGUCUACACUGGCUGCGCCCAGAUCUUCGUUCAGAGCAAUGGUGACCUCGGCCCCAAAUCAACAGUCUCCAUCCCGGGGCAUAUGAAAUACGGGGAACCCAGCACGAGCUUCAACAUCUACGUCAACAAAAAUGCUGAAUACCGCGUUCCAGGUCCAAGUGUCGCUAAGCUUGUCGCUAAAACCGGGCAAGCUGGGACACCUUCGCCAACCCAAAAGGAAGGUCUUAAACCCAAAGGUUGCAUCGUCGAGAAUGACAACUGGUGCGGCAAAGAAGUCUCAUCCUAUUCCGACCAGAAAGGUUGCUGGGCCGCGUCUAAGGAAUGCUGGGCACAGGGCAAGACGUGCUGGGCUUCUAUGUCGCCAACAGGCGGUGCCGGAUGCCAACUAUGGCAGAGGAAAUGCCAGCGAAUUCAGAACGCAUGCAAAGCAAAGCGUUUUGUCGGUCCGCCUAACAAGGGCAAGAUCUUAACGCCGAAGAGAAGAACGAUUGAUGUGGGUCUAGUUAUGGCUAGCUAA